AAACUCGACUCCACUCCAUUGACAUCGUCGGUGUCGUCUGCUAGCGGGGCGGCUUUCACUCUGUGUGACGUCACACCCACACAACCGGGACAAAAACAUCAACAGAAAGCAACAGCGUUCAUGAAGUACAUGUCGGUUGUUUCUGAUUUCAAGUGUAUGUUGUCCGGACUCUAACCUAUUUCACGAAACGUCACGUCCUGUUGCCAAGCCUUUCGAGGAAAAUUUUCUCGUGAAAAACCAUCAGCUUCUGUCACUUAUUAUGGCUCGCUACUUUCCUGAGCGAGAAAUUGAUGAAUUUAGAGAAUGCUUUUACCUUUUUGCUAGAAGUGAGCAGAUUCGCACAUUGGAUGAACUCACUGUGGUAAUGCGAUCUCUUGGAAUGAGUCCGACAAUUGGAGAGCUUAAAAGGUACAUGAAGGAAAAGGGAGGUAAAAUGACCUUCCCUGAAUUUUUAGAAGUUAUGCAUGAACAUCGUAAGGCAGAAGAUUUGCCUCGAGAAAUUGUAGAGGCCUUCCGUGCUGCAGAUCCUCUCAGGAGAGGUUACAUUCCAGCUCGUCAGCUUCGCCACAUGCUCUUACAUUGGGGAGAAUGCCUCAGUAGCCGGGAAGUGGACCAGAUAUUUAGGGAAGCCAAUGUUUCCACUAAUGGUAUGGUCAAGUAUGAAGAUUUUGUGAAGAUUUGCUGUGCGCCUGUGCCAGAUUAUUACUAAGAGAAAAACUAAUGUUCUGGCAAUGUCAUGUAAAUACAUAUCAUGUUUACCUUUGUUGAUAAGCAACUAUAUCUGAGCAGUAGUGAUCACAUUGUACUUAAGAAAUAGACUUUUAGUUUGGGCAGGGAGAGGCAGCAUGCCUGACAGAACUGGUGGUGGUGAUAGUUUUUGAAGCCAGGUCAGUGGACCCCCAGCCCUUCAAUCCAUAACAUUCCAACCAGUAAAUUAUUUUUUAUAACUGAAAAGUAUUUAAGAUUGUUUUGGCAACUUUAGGCCAGCUAAAGUUCUUCAUAUUCUAAUACGACUGUAAAUAAAAUUAUUUUACCUUCAGA